UUCAUCGCGGCAAACCUCGAAGAGCUGAACUACGCCACUCUCUCUACAUUCAACAGCGAAACAUAUAGAGCACCUGCAGCCAGCGACAAUGUUCGGAUCUCAAUCUUCGUCGUCCCUCUUCAGAACGUCCUCGUCCCUCUCCAGAACAUCUUCGUUCCUCUUCAGAACGGAGUCGUCGACCCCCGUCUUUGGGAAGCCAUUGUCGACCCCAGCCUUCUUCACUCCCUGGACCCGGGCUUUUCGAUUCGGCUCCAUAUUAUCGUUUCAAACUCAGCAGCAACAGCAGAGGACAUUGUCGCUUCGGCCUGCUGGCGCCUAUGCACUUCGGCGUCCAUUUUCUACGCAUCAAGAGCCAACGCCCUUCCGUCGCUCCUCUCAGAUGGCUCCCGUUGCUCCUCUCCCUUUCGCUCUCCCCGGUGGCGAUAUUCAAUCGACCAAAGAAACCAUCAGCAACGUAAACGAUGUCUCACUCGAAAUUACUAAGCAGCUGCUCACGACUGAAGGCAAAGAGGAGAACAUGGUGUUCUCCCCGCUGUCCAUUCAGGUUGUGCUGUGGCUGUUAACGGCCGGGUCAAAGGGUCCCACAAGGGAGCAGUUGCUCGCUUUCCUCAGGUCCAAGUCCACGGACCAACUCAACUCCCUUGCCUCCCAUCUUGUCCCUCUCAUCUUCACAGACGGUUCUACCAAAGGCGGUCCCUGCCUAAGUUUUGCCAAUGGCCUUUGGGUUAAGGAUGCUAUCCCCAUCAUACCUUCCUUCAAAGAGGUUGUGGACACUGCUUACAAGGCAGCUAUAAAACAUGUUAGUUUUGUGAACCCUGAGGAAGUGAGACGUGAAGUGAAUUUAUGGGCCGAGAAGGCGACGAAAGGCCUUAUCACUGAGGCUCUUUCUCCUGGGUUAAUUGACCACACCACCACUCUUAUAUUGUCAAAUGCUUUAUACUUCAAAGGCCUUCGGAGCAGAAAGUUCGAUGCAUCGAGAACAAUAACGGACAACUUCCACCUUCUCAACGGUACUUCCGUUAAGGCGCCGUUCAUGAGAAGCUCCGGAGAACAUUUUGUUAGAGCCUUUGACGGCUUCAAAGUCUUGAAGCUUCCUUAUUCACAAGGUGAAGACAAGGAGCGGCAGUUUUCCAUGUACUUGUUGCUGCCAGAUGAAAAAUAUGGUCUCCCAGCUUUGGUCGAGCGAGUUUGUUCCGAGCCUGGUUUCUUAGAUCGCCAUCGCCCCAGAAGAAGAGUCCCAGUUGGCGAAUUCAAAAUCCCAAGGUUUAAGAUUACCUCCGGCUUUACAGCUUCUGAAAUUCUCAUGGAUUUAGGACUGGUGUUGCCUUUCAAUGGUGAAGGUGAUUUGACAGAGAUGUUGGAAUCAGGUAUAGAUAAUGCCAAAAUGAUUCAUAAAUCCUUCAUUGAAGUUGAUGAAGAUGGCACAAAAGCUGCAGCUGCUUCUGUUUAUUACACACUUAUGUGUUCUGCUGGACCGGUUGAACGGAUUGAAGAGAUAGACUUCGUGGCUGAUCACCCAUUCCUGCUGUUGAUCAGAGAGGAAACGACUGGGACUGUUAUGUUCAUUGGUCACGUCCUGAAUCCGCUUGAAGAAUGAUUUUAUCAUAGAUAGGGUCAGAAAAUCUUUCCUCUAGGAUUUGUUUCUAUGCAUGCUAGUUUAUGUUUCACUUUGAUCAGGUAGUCCAUUUAAUGUAAUUAAGAACUCGUACUAGUUUUUGGACGGAAAUAACUAGUACUCUUAUGUUUUCGGUUUUUGAUUUGCCUAAUAUUUUUACAUUUGAGGUUCAGCGA